AUGGAAAUUCAUCCCCCAUCAUCAUGGAUGGGUGGUGUAUGGGAAAGGAUGGUUGGUACGGUCAAGCGAUCACUCCAAAAAACAGAAGGUCGACGAAAGCUAACGCUCGCGUCAGAAGACCACGACGGAGAUCCAGAUUUCCGAGCUCUUCCCGAACAUUCUUCCCAAAAAGCAGCAAAGCUAGCGAUAUCGACAAUCGAAAAGCUAACGAAGAAGUUUUGGAGAUUAUGGAAGAACGAACACCUCACAGAAUUGCGAGAUAGUCACAAAAUCCCCAGCCAGGUACCACGCGCAGGAGAGAUGCUCCCUGACGACGACUCGCAACUGUCAAGAGGACAGUGGCCAAUGGCCCUGAUUACUGAUCUUAUCACAAGCAGAGACGGAGAAAUUCGGAGCGCUAUGCAACAAAUUUCAACAGGAAGAAUUGUGCGGAGGCCAAUCAAUCGACUUAUUCCUCUAGAAAUACACUCUUCUAUUCACUCAUCACACGACAGAAAUGAAGUCUUCAACAUAUAG